GCCUUGACCUCGUUCUUCCGUGAGCCCGCGCGGGCGCCCCUCGGACAGGAGCGCCGGCCCGCCUCCGGUGACCGAUGCCCAGGCUGGACGACCACUGCUGGAGCUGUUCCUGUGCCCAGGGCGCCAGGCACCGAGGCCUCCCUGGAGCCGGGGCCGGAGGGCUGGCGGCCAAAGUGGGAGACAUGCUCAGCCCCGCCACGCUGGCGGCCCGCCGCGGCCCAGACCCGGACUCCGCGCCCGCCCGCGGGCCUCGCAGCCCCGGGGCGGGGGGUCGCGGCGCCGGCGGCGGCCCCCCCGGCAGCUGGCACCACCACCUGGUGCAGCGAAGCCUGGUGCUGUUCUCGGUGGGGGUCGUGCUGGCCCUGGUGCUCAACCUGCUGCAGGUGCAGCGGAACGUCACCCUGUUCCCCGAGGAGGUCAUCGCCACCAUCUUCUCGUCGGCCUGGUGGGUCCCACCGUGCUGCGGGACGGCGGCCGCUGUUGUGGGCUUGCUGUACCCCUGCAUCGACAGUCACCUCGGGGAGCCGCACAAGUUUAAGCGGGAGUGGGCCAGUGUGAUGCGCUGCGUGGCUGUGUUUGUUGGCAUCAACCACGCCAGUGCUAAAUUGGAUUUUGCCAAUAAUGUCCAGCUCUCCUUGACAUUAGCAGCCCUGUCUUUGGGCCUUUGGUGGACAUUUGACCGUUCGAGAAGUGGCCUCGGGCUUGGGAUCACCAUCGCCUUCCUGGCCACUCUGAUCACUCAGCUGCUGGUGUACAAUGGUGUCUAUCAGUACACAUCCCCGGAUUUUCUCUACAUCCGCUCCUGGCUGCCGUGUAUCUUCUUCUCAGGAGGUGUCACCGUGGGCAACAUAGGGCGGCAGCUGGCUAUGGGGGUUCCUGAAAAGCCACAUAGCGACUGAGUCUUCUGACCCACUGGAGAAGAGCCAAGAUUUGGGAAGAAAGUCUGUAACAUUGAAUUGUGACAAAGAUUAUCUCUUUUCCUCAGUGAUCCAUGUAGAUUGGGCUGACUGUACCAGUGACUCUCGGAAAAAUAACUCACCUGUCUUAGAAUAGCAAGUGGAGAAGAACUGCUUCUCUCGAAAUGGUACCUUGCUUGCUGCGUCCAUGCCCGUGUCCGCUCUGGAGACGCGACCCCAGGCGGGCGCAGGAGUGCUGGCGGGCACAGCUUCCCGAGUAUUCAAUCUCAUUUAUGUUAUUAAAAGCAAGUUGCCAUAUUUCAAAGCCUUGAACUAAAGCCUAAUUAC